AGGAAUUUGAGUAACCAUAUCGAUGUAUUUAUGAACGAUUUUUAAGAAUUACGGUAUAAUCUGAUGUUUGGCAUCGAAAGUCCGAAGUUCAUGUGUGAGAACCUGUAAAAAUUUGGAAGCAAACAAGCAAACGGUCUUCGGUGGGAACCGUCUAAUUCUGAGAAUAUGUUGGCGGUAUUGUAGGGUUUAAUUAAGCCAUAAUUGGCAAUGAACCAAUGUUGACAACUUAAAUAACUAGUAGCUUACGAUAAUUAAAACCGUACUCCUCCGCUCUUAUUUAAUAACUCGUUGACCUUGUUUUGAUUUAAUUACAAAAUAAAUUGCAACAAAGAAUUUUUUAUCGGGCAAUUUCGUUGAACAAAGACAGAUAUAUAUUCAAAACCGUGAGGUUAUGUAAAUGAUCAAUGUUUUAUCGGUUGCUUACAUUUUUUAAAAAUCAUUUAAAAUGGUUGAAUUAGAUUAUUUCGUUUUCAGAUAGUGAAAUAGUGAAAUAAUAGUGUACUAUAACUAUGUAAUAUUCGCUUGGAACACGCAAAAUGGGUGCUAGUGAUUAUAUAAAUUUCAAAAUACUUUCGAGAUUUAAGUAUCUGAUUGUUAUUAACACUGAAUUAUUUUUCUACAAAUUAGGAAUCACGAUUGCCCGCAAACCAGGCUUAACAAUAAUUCUUUGUUGGGUAUUGGUAUUUUUAAGCGUUUUUGGAUUUUUUGGAUUUAGACAAGAAAAAAAUCCCUUAAAAUUGUGGGUACCACCUCACACGACGUUCAUAAGAGAUUCGGAAUGGCUGUUAAAAACAUUUCAAAGAGGCUUUACAGACGAGGCGAUCAUGUUAGUUUCUGACGAUGUACUUACUCCUAAAAUAGUGAAACAGUUGUUGCAAAUACACAGCCUGAUUGAAGAUAUAAAAACGCAGGGCAACAUAACAUUAAACGAUGUUUGUUUCAAAAUUCCUAAACCAAACAAAGCUAUGCUUCAAUUUAUGACGGCAGGUGAGCAAGAAAUGGAUCCGAGUACAGAAAUGAACGCUGCAUUCUACUGUAGUUUUAUAGAAAUGAUGAAGACCGAGUGUUAUACAAAAACUAUAUUAGAAUUAUGGGAUUUCAACGUAACAAAAAUUAAUCGGCUUACCAAAGAUGACAUAUUAAAUGCAAUAAAUUCAAACGAUGAAAGAAAUAUUUUUGGCAAUUUAAAAAACUAUGAGAAUUUAUUAGGCGGUAUUACGAAAAACGAAUCUGGUCAUAUUGUUAAAGCCACUGCGAUUCAAAACUACUGGUUGCUUAAUGUCAACUUCUCUGCUAUUGAUAUGAAUAAAGCCGGCAAUAUGGCUGGUACGGGAGAGUGGGCUUCAGAAGAAGCAGGAGAAUGGGAAAAUGAAUUUCUGAAUGUAGUUCAGAAUGUUUCAAAUCAUGAUCAGAACUUUUAUUAUUAUGCCGGACGAAGCUUUGGAGAUAUAAGCAAACAAACACUAUUCCAAGACAUUGAUAAAUUGUGUUUGGGCAUCUUUGUAAUGGUAGUGUAUGUCCAGUUGGUUAUAUCAAAAUUUAAUUGGCUCGAAGCUAGGAUUGUUUUAGGUUUUUUUGGACUUCUUACUAUAGGGAUGGGUUACCUUGUAUCGGUUGGUUUGUGUUCUAUGUUUGGAGUGUUCUAUGGACCUGUGCAUCUGUCUUUACCAUUUUUGUUAAUGGGGCUCGGUGUCGACGACAUGCUGGUAAUUCUGACCUGUUGGGAUGAGUUGCAUGAUGAUGAAAAACAUUUAUCACUGCCGGAAAAGGUGGGAUUGAUGCUAAAACAUGCGGGAGUAUCAAUAACUAUUACAUCAUUCACCGAUGUAAUUGCUUUUAUUAUUGGUUCCUCAACAAUUUUACCCUGUCUGCAAUCAUUUUGUAUAUAUGCUGCAUUUGGAGUAUUUGCGAUUUUUGUAUUUUCUGUUACGUUUUUCACUGCCUGCUUCGUGUUGGACGAAAAACGGAUUCAAAUGAAAAGAAAUGGGAUCGUGCCCUGCAUUACUCACAAAAAUUUCAAACCCACUGAAUGUAGUCAAAGAAAAAUAACAAGUAGGGUCUUUCAUUGUAUUUACUCGAAGGCAAUUUUGACUACUCCCGGAAAAAUCAUAGUAAUUCUGAUCGCAAUAUCUUGUGCGGCAUUUAGUAUAGAAAGCGCGUUGAGGUUAGAACAAAGAUUCGAUCCUAAAUGGUUUUUGCCCGACGACAGUCACUUGGCGCAAUUCAUAAAAGUAACAGAAGCUUAUUAUCCAGAAAAUGGAUUUACCGCUGGAAUGUACAUGGGAGCAAUAAAUUACACUAAUGAGUUUAUUAAAAUUACGGCGGCCGUUGAAAGACUAGAAAACAUGACCGAUAUUACAAGUGAUGUUGUGUCCUGGCUCAGACCUUUCCGAAAUUAUAUACUGGUUAAUUUUAAAUGCGAUAUUUACGAGGAGACUCUAGACGAGGAUCGAUUUAACAUAUUCCUGUCGAAAUUUCUGCACAGCCCGAAAAACGCAAAGUUUCAAGCGAAUUUUGUGUUUGAUUCGGCCCUAGAAUGUGGGGCACCGGCACCAAAAAUUAAGAUGUCCACUAUAGAUUUUAGAUUCAAGAGAUUUCCUGAACCCGAGCAACAAAUUAAAGCAAUGCACAGAGUCAGGGACAUCGCUGAAAAUAUAGAGUUUACGACAGGCGACAGGUUUGCGACCGUAUGGUCCAAAUUCUUUGCAACCUGGAUCACCGAUGAAUUAAUUGAUAUCGAAGUAGCUAGAAAUUUGGAACUGGCUCUAAUCUGCGUGAUGGCAUGCACUAUACUAUUAAUUGCCGAUUGGCAGACAUGCUUCUGGAUAUUUAUAUGCGUGUUAAUUACAAUGGUAAACGUAUGCGGUUUCAUGCAAAAAUGGGGUUUAACAAUUGACCUGGUUUCAUGCAUCGGAUUGGAAUUAGCUAUAGGAUUAUGUGUGGAUUACGCAACUCAUAUUGGCCACACGUUUUUAACUAUGCGUGAGGGUUCGAGACAAGAACGUUCACUGAAAACCGUGAGUUCUAUUGGCUUAGCGGUGGUAUGUGGGGGUCUUUCAACAUUUAUUGGAGUAUUUAUGAUGAGCCAAUCUGAAGCAUACACUUUUCAGACAUUUUUCAAGAUAUUCUUCCUAGUCAUUAUAUUUGGUUUAUUUCAUGGUGUAGUGUUUUUUCCUGUGAUAUUAAGCUGGAUAGGUCCAAAACCUUAUGAGGAAUCCCAACCCAUUCCUCAAAACGACCCCGACGAGGAACUUGCCGAUAUUUAAAGUAGUGAUAAUUACGUAUUAUUAUUGGUGAUGAUUAAAACUGUAAUGUGAUUUUGUAAAUUGUUGAAAAGGAUAUU